AUAUUACACCAUUUACAAAAGGGAAAAAUGAAACUUACUACAAGUAGCUCCAUGAGGAUCAGCCAUCAAGUCUGAAAAGGUAAAUUUAAGUUCAGUACACAUUUUUUUUGUCUCUUGAUAACAAAUUUUUUAGGAAUAGUGAAAAAUGGAAUGAACUUCCUCCUAUAAGCAAAAUUUAAGCCAUUAAGGAUAAAUGUUCCCUCCCUCUUAAGCUAACUUACUGGAAUCUUGAUCUUAUGAAUCUAAAAGGAGUAACAAAACAAUACUUCCAACAAUAAUAAUAAUAUUAUGGAAUUAUGAAAAUAAUAAUAAUGAUGAAUAAAAUAAUAAUGAUAACUCCUGAUUCAAUCGCAAACUUAGAAUAUUUGAAAGGGAGACCCCUGAGGUUAUCCCUAUAAGAAGGGCUUCCUAACUAACUAACUUAACUGUGCAAAAUUUAUGUUCCUUUAGACAUUUAAAAAUCUAUUUACAGAAACAACUCUGAAGUAAUAACAAAAAUCAAACAAAACAAAGUAGAACACAGGGGGCAGUAAAUUUAGUAAUCAAAUAUUGUUCAUGCAAAUAAAUCACUUUUCUCCAGAAGCACCAGAGGCUGGAAUUUUUUGGCUGGUAACUAAUCACACUGUACUUAGAUUAGACAAAGCAGUGAUCACUUGUCUAAAUCUGAAUUAAAUUUUAGCCUUAGGCUUCAUAUGUAGUGUUUUUUAUUUAAUGUGGCUGGUGACUAAAAUGUCUCUGGGGACCAGUGACCUAAUUUUUCUUUGAAAAUGCAAAGAGUAUAACUAAAAAGUUGGAAAUUGUCUUCAAAUGUUCUGAAAAGUUGAUUGGGGCAGCCAUAACUUUGAAUUGUACUUUGUAAUCUGGCUGUUCAGCUGUGUCAUUCAAAUUCCUACUUCUCUUUUUUUGUGUUAUGUUGAUUUACUUUAAAAAUCAGGAGUUCCACCAAAAGGUAUUCUUGAUUCAAGAACUGAUUUUCUCUGGUUUCAUCAACACUUGGCUGAUAACUGUUAAUGAACUGCACAUUGUGGUUUUGCAUGUGCUGCUAGCGGAACACCACUGUUAAAAAUGUUGGUGACAUCUGCAUGCAAAAGUUUUGCACAUCUGAGGAAAAAUAAUGUUUUAAUGGUUAGAAAACUCACUCUUUGAAAUCUCAAAAGUGUGGUUUAUAGUUAAAUAUUAACAAAUACUAUUUAUGGGUAGGGAUAGAACUAUGGAGCAUGCUUGAUGAUGGUGGUCGUGAAGUCUUUAUUGAAAAAAUCAGACUCGACAGAAGUGAGUCUUUACAGUCGAAAUCAUGAACAAUAGAGAAAAUUUAAUAUCUACAACAAUAAAAAGAGAUAAUCAAACACAACAGAAUAUGAUCACACAAGUUUAAAAGACAUCUUUUCACUAACAAGUUUUUCGUUUAUAUUAGUUCUUAUCUGGGGGAGUAGGAAUUCAUGCCCCUUUUUCCUAAGUAUUGGUGGCAACAGAUCUUGAGGUGGAUGCCAUUAUGGUUUUUUGUGGUGGUGAUUUUGUAAAUUCCCUGGACCUCCAGGCAAUAUGCAAAGAGGGAUAAGAUGAGGGAGUCAAAUAACUUGUUGAGUUAAUCUUGAUAAUAGCUGUAAAACUUGCAAACCUUCAAUGUAUACAACUGGGUGCUUGCUUUGGUUAUUAGGUUGUCAACAAGGAGGUCCCAGCAGCAAGGGUUUUCUACCAUGGGUCAGAGCGACUGAGAGGGUCUAAUGCUCGAAAGGUCACCUUUAAAACUCUUUACAGUGGUUAAUGUACUUUGUCAACUCAGUUGGUAAUACUUAAUUACCCUGUUAUACUCUCCCACCAAAGCAGCACCACAGUUUCUCUGGACACAUCUCUUUUAUUCUUACAUUUAAUGCCAGUUACCAGGUAUGGUUGAGACUUUUUAGUCUUGCUGUAUAUCAGCAUUUCCCACUGCCACACUUUGAUCACCUUUCAGAGAUGUGACAUGCUAAUAAGCAAACGUGUGUUUACAAAUAAUUUAUGUUGAUCUCUUUUUUAAUUAGUUUCUAAUUUAAUUUUUUCACUUUUAGGAAAACUUUGAACACAGAUCCAGUUUGUUAUGAUGGCAGGAUCUAGUAAUGACAAGUGGAGCAGCUCUGUGGUUUGCAGUGAUGACCCUCCACCUCUGAGUAUUACACUGAAGGAGCUUAGAGAUUUGCCAAAUAAGUUGAAACGUUGGGACAAGCACUAUCCUCCAGUUGAUAUUCUGCUUUUGACUGUGGAGGAUUGCGAGUUCUUGGCUUGUUAUCAUUACUUGCGAGAUUCCUUUAAAAGCUUUGAGAAAUCCAUUGGAUUUGUGUACUUUGGAAAGAUGGGUGACAACGAAGAUGAGUCACUGAAAGUUUCUUUAGUGAAGCGUCCUAAAGAAUCCUUGGAUCCUAAGAGUACUCAAACUGCUUUUAUGAAUACCGUCACACUCCUGAGACCUAAGGCUACCUUUUUGGAUCCUGACGAAGCCCAGCUAGGAGAUGUGGUGAUACCCUCAAAGGUUAUAACAGAUUUUCUCACAGCCCCAGUGAGUAGGAAUGUUUCUGAUCUUAUCAGUCGCAUCGGUCAUGGAUGGGAGGCACCAUUAGAAGACCCAGAAGAACGAAGUGUCCGAUUACAGGUUGAUGGAGCGAUUUUGUGUGGCUCUGAUCUAAUUUUUGCUAAACAGGUGUGUCGAGUAUACUCUGAGGCAAUUGCAUUUGGAAUGGAACAAAAAGGUGAGAAUUACUCUCAGGGUUACUCUUGCUUGGCAUCUGUAAUCAUUGUGUAGAAAGUUGUUUUGCCAUAACAAGGAUUACAUCUAUUUGUUGUGUUCAGUGUGUUACUGUAUAAUUUGACCCACAGAAUGAACACCAUACUUCUACAAACUCAAGUACUUUAUUAAACAACGUGUAACAUUCUUAACUCGUUAACGUUCGCGGCGAAAAAUCGUUCGUAAUUUCGGCGUUUUAAAACAAUAGGUGCUUCCAAAGAUCACGGAAAGUUCGCGGAAACUUUGUUCAGAGCGAAAUUUCCUCGCAAAGCCAGGAAAUUCUUCGAAAUUCGUUUGCCUUACUUUUUCACAAUACUGUAGCUCACCACUGAAAUAAUCUCAUGGUUGUUUCCAAAGUUCCUUGAAGUGAACAAUCUUUCACAUUGAAUAAAGGGGUAAGUUUCUAAAGAAACUGUGGUGCAGCGUCGGUGGGAGAGUAUAGCAAACGCUCUGACGAAGGGCUAACGCUCGAAACGUCAGCUUUUUUAUCCUUUACGGUGGCUAAUUUACGUUUUCAACCCAGUUGUUAACACUAAAUUACCUGCUAAUCUUUCACAUUAGCUCUUUCUCUCGGUAUAGCUUUCCAAACAUCUGAUCGCUCCUGACAAGAGAAACAACUAUUACUUCACGACUGAGUCCAUGUUUAGAAAGUAUUCCAGAACAUUCAGGAAGCUUACAACACAGCUAUUUCGGUAGUGAAACAAAAUAUGUAACUACGUGAUGUGAUAAAAUGUUCUAGAAAGUUUCAUGGUAUGCAUGUCAGCUUGACUAGGCAUUCUCGAGAUUUCUAGAAACUUACUUUAACAGUCACUAUUCAUAAUAAGUGCGAUAUAAUGUUACCAGAAUCACUGAUUGUUCUCAGUCACUUUAAAAGGCGCACUGCGAACAAGAAAUAAAUUAUGAGUAGUCCUGCAGGUCUUCAAACAGAAUGUGUAUUACAUUGUACUCCCAAACUGAUGUUCUCUAGCUUUACCUCUGGGCUACAGGGUCAGAGGGGAGCUUCUGGUCACUUAGCCAUAAGGCCAGGUUUCUGAAGGAAGAGAGGACGUUAGCAAUUUUUUGUAUGGGGAGUGGUCACUACAAGUGUACAAUGGUAAUGAGUAUUGAAGCGUACCCUUCACUUUGAUGCUCUUAAGCUUUACCUCUGAACUAUAAGAGGCUUCUAGUUGCUAAGCUAUUAAGCUAGGAGAAGGGGAGGUACUUAACAAUUUUUUUGUACGGGAAGGGGUAAGCACAGGUGUACAAUGGUAACGUGUAUUACAGUAUACCCUCCAACUUGCCAACUUGAACCUUUUAAAGCUUCUGGUUGCUAAACUGUUAGGCCAGGUUCUUGUUGAAGGAGAGGUACUCAAUACUUUUUGUUCAAGGAAACUCUUUCCAGAAUUCCAAAUCCUUACUCUUUGAUAUACCGCUUCCGACCCUAAAGGUACCCCACCCUACUGUACUCUCUAGGAAGAGUGGUUCUAAUUUAUAUACCUGCAGAAAAAAACAACAUCUCUGAAAGACUUCCAGUGGCAAAGGAAAAACAAGAAGAGUGAUCUGCAGAAAAACGAUGCCUCUUUUGCUCACAUUAAUCGUAACCAUCUCCCUUCAAUAUCAUUGUGUAAAUCCAUUCCAAUUGUUCUUCCUUUUUUCGUCAUUUUUUCAUUUUUCUACCUCAGAUCUGUUUACAGUAGCUCAUUACCUGGGGAUGGAUUUGAUUUUCGUUAAAGGUGUUUGUGGUUUUGUACGUGAUGUUACAUCUACAAACGAUUCAUGGAAGACUUUUGCUAGUGUUAUGGCAGCUUCUGUUGUAUCUAACAUGUUGAGAAACCCUUUUAUGUUUGAAGAAUGGCCUCAUUACGAAGGUACGUGUAGAUUUUUGUCACGACUUUGGUUUUAUCUUCCAAGAGAUCUUGUAACUAGCUUAUUGUCCUCGGCAUAGACUAUCGCUAUCUGCUGAUGAGAACAUGGAGUCUAACAGUGGAAUUAGAUAUAUACCAGAAAACUUUUAAACAUACGCAUUCUUUGUUUUUCACUGGCUUUGCCGUGAAAAAAACUGAGAUAUGUACAAAUUCACUUUACCAAUUCUACUUCUAAUUUUAAGUCAUGGAUAACGUUCUAAAUUUCCAGAUUAGAGGGGUUUAAUAAGAAAUUACUCACUUUCUGCGUCUUCAUUGUAAUUCAUUUGUCUUAAAUUAAAAUCUUUUAUCUUUCGUGUUAGAUUGUAGGUAUUACAAAUCUUUGAUUAAACACCCUUAUCAACUACCUUUCCUCGACCUGCCCUUUUCGUCCAGAUUCUUGUGCGCACUGAAAUGAACACAAAUAUUCUUUGAUUAACUUUCUACAAAAUACUUCACUGUUACUGACCGGGUUGCGAGUUUUUUCUGUUUUAUUUUACGAUAACGUCUUAUCUGUUCUCUUACUCUAUCUUGAUUCCUCUUUCAUUCACGCACUCUGAGGGCUUUUCUUUCGGUAGGAGACGAUGAUACAACUUCAAUCUCGGAUUCGGACAUGGGCUCUUAAAAUGACAAGAUGUGAAUCAGACUUAGAUAUUCUUUUGAUAAUUGAUACAUCGAGUGUAAUUUUUUUGUCUUACCUUCGUUGGCGAAUUCAUGUUAAUGUUUGUCCAAUUUUCGGAAAUUGUAUCAUCGUCUUUGGACUUGAAUAUAUUAAAAUUUUCGGUGGGCUCUUGUUAACACUCUGAAAUGGAAGAAUGUAGAACAGACUUUACAAACGAAAGAAAGAAAAUAAAAAUUUCAAAAUAAACUUAUAAAGUUCCUGAAAUACCGAAUCCAUCAACUCUUGUAAACAGAAAAAACUUUUUCCAACCUGCUUGCAGCAGCAAUUGUGUUACGCUUCGGGUCUAUAAAAGGUAUGACGUGUAGGGCGUGAUGUGCAGGGAAUGGCGCGAAAAGGCAUGACGCGACGUGGGUACCCUAUUGAGUUUUUAAAACAAAUGACGUGUGAGUGAACCUCCCUUCCCCUCCGAGGUAUGACGUGACUGGGCAUGACGCGACAAGGCAUGACGCGAUGUGGGUACCCCAAUGGAGUUUUUAAAACAAAUGACGUGUGAGUGUACCCCCUACCCAAUUAUUCUUUAAUUUAUACCAAACUCCCAAGUCACUCACUCACCCAACCCCACGCACAUACACAUGCACGCAGGCACAAACUCACCCACCCACACACGCUUUAAUAGCUCUCUAGUGACAUGUUUUGAUCUACUAUUAAAAACACGCUCAGAAUACCAGAAUACCAUUGUUCAUGAUUGCCGUAAAGUGGCUUUUUGUAAUUCUGAUUUUUAAAUGGAACGCAGGGUCCCAAGCAAUGGACAAAGGAGCAACUCCACUUUGCCUUCCAAACAACGUAAAGUGGAACUCGAAUUUGGGCCAGUACAUUCUGACGGGAGAAAGGCGAACCUCACUUUAUGUGGUGGAUGAAGCAUUAGAAAAACUUAGGAGGAUUCAAGGUUAAGUUACUUUAUAUCUCAAAACUGGAACUCGUAACUCGUUUCACGUUUGUUUCGUAAACAGGGAUCCAUAAUACUUUUCACUUCAUUGGUCUUGCUGGUUUCUAUUAAAGGCGAUUUUUAGGCAUUGUUUUAGUACUAAGAAUCUACUGUUUCAUAUAACAUUCUUUGGAGAAACAUCUACAGCUACACAUUUCGUUUUUUUAAAGAUAACACAAUUCUUUUAAUAAAUAAGCAUAUCUCUCAAUCUAUUUCCAUACAUGAUGCUUCCGACUGACCCAUGUCACACAUGAUAUGUUCCUAGCACUAUUUAUAAUAAAGUUCGGAUAUAACGCGUGCUGUCAUUGGUUGAAAGAGCGUGCUCUAUGAGAGUAUAGAGCAUAGAGCUGAGCUAAAGCUGUCACGCCAUCUGUCAAAUUGUAGUAUGUUCGACCUUUUCCGGGACUUCUUUUUAGCUUUUUUUUCCGAUAACUGAAAGUGAAAUUUCGGAACUGAAGCGAGCCGGCAAGUAGCAACAGAAGAACCAAACAAAGGUUUGUAAACAUACCAGGCGCCGUAAUUUACGUGAUUAAAACGUGAGCAGAUACGAAAAUCCAAAAGGAAAAACAAAAUAGACAUUCCGAGUUUUAAAGAUUUUCACGCUCAGUUAGAUUGCAAGCUUAUGUACGGAAAUAAAAAUCAAACACAGCUAACACUCAUAUAGUAUUUAAAGUUCAGUGUUCAAAACAAAACAGAACAAAAUAGAAAUGAUGAAAAAUAUAACCAAACUGGCAUAACUGUUAAAAUUCAUACUAAUCAUGACGGUGUCUGAGCGAAUAUGAUCAUGCUGAAGUUCAUCGCGGCUCGCUCAUCAUGGCGAUCUCCGGUCAUCACGGUAAAGAAAGCCUCAGAAACUACAUCGGCCGGCCUUCGAGUAAAAAAAAUAAGAGCUUGCUCUGAUAUCCUUUUCGAUGCGUUGAGUGGAAAGUCACAUCAGUCACUGCAACCGAGUUUUGCGGCGCUGCCAUCCCGAGCGAUCUUCAUGUUCCGGUGAAUUCGGCUGUCGUUCAUUCAAAAAACACUCGCCUUGAACAGUUUGUUUUCUACCUUGUCAUGUGAAAAAACUCACGUGUUUUUAUGAGCCAUAAUUCGGCUGAAGUUCACUGAACAUUUCACUUCAAGAUUCUGUAUUACAGACUUAAAAACUUCUAGCAAAAGUGUUAAAUUCGACUUGCCGAACUAUUUUAGUUUGUAAACUAUCGUAGAAUGUGAACUUUGAUGGUUUUGAACUUUGAUGGUUUGACACUUUUGACAGCUUUAGUCUUGUACAGCCAAUCAGAGUAUUUGAACCAUUCUAACAGGGAUUCUGAUUGGCUUAUUGUAGCGUGCUUUAUGAGAGUAUAGAGCAUGCUGACGACACUGUUGUUCGCUUUGGAAAUAAAGUUUGUUUUGGAAAUUGAAAGUAAUGCUUGGGUACUUUAACGGAUCCUUUAUUAUAAAACAAAUAGAGACAAGAAGUGGGAAGAAACACUCGACUACGUCUCGUGUUUCUCCCUACACUUCUUUCGUGCUCUAGCCGCUUCCUGCGUGCUUUAUAACAGAACAGAACACAGUCAAGGCUUCUCUAUUUGUUAAUUAAAAUCAGGAGAUCUGACAAAAGCUCUAUUUACGUAGUUUUUUGAUACAUAAUCAUACAUACAUAUACAUACAAACAUACAUACAUCAUUUUGAUACAAACAUACACUUUUUCAAAUAUCCCUGUUGUUUAGCAUCGAUGUUCAAAUACAGAAAAUAGAUAAAUAAGAAAAAAAUUUCAAAAAAGCUAUUGACAAUAAUACGUCCAACCUCAUUUUAGAUUGCCAAUUAAUUCAGUAAUAAACGUGUAUUAAAGAUUUUGAUUUCUGUUGUUUGUUUCAAGUCCUUGUUCAAGCUUUUCCAUAUUUUUGUUGUAAACUUAACUUUGAUUUUAAUUGAACCUAGUAGUAGAAGUCAUUAAUGUCAUCAUUGAUCACCUAGGUCCAGUUUGUGUAGUUUCCAUUGUUGGACCACGCGGAAGUGGAAAAUCCUUUAUACUUAGUGAGGUGUUCAGUCAACCACAAGUUUUUCGUCUUGGACAUGGGUUGGAAUCGGAAACCAUGGGAAUCUGGUUAUGGAUAGUGAAGGAAAAGUAUAAGGUUUGGCUGAUCUUUAGUUUUGAUGUUUAUCCUGCAUUUAUAAAGUUUUCCAAGGAUAUUUACUUAAAAAGGGUCUUUUCUUAUAAGGAUGCCAAAGGCCAGGAAUUUACAGUAGUGUUGCUAGACUCUGAGGGAAUUGACGCCGUAGAUAGAGAUGAGCUUGGUGAUGAGCAGAUAUUUACUUUGACGGUUUUGCUGGCCUCGGCUUUUAUCUACAAUUCACGGGGUAGUCCAACCAGAUGCGAUCUUCAUGGACUGAAGUAUCCUCUCAAAUACUUUAAAAAGCUAUCAUAGUAAUAUUUUAGCUGGUUUUUUUUCCUUUAACUAUAGAACACAAGCAUUAAUCGAUCAAUUUUCAUCGUACCUUUUUCAUCAUUUGAUUUUAAAUAACUAUAAAUAAGUCUACAGCAUGCUAAUUACAAGGUGAGGAGACCUCCACCGGGGCUUAAGAGAGAGGC